AUGUUGGUCAUUGAGUAUCGCGGUAAUGGUUUAUUAAACUCUGUUAUUGACAACUUACCGUUUGAAUUACAUAUACCAUUUUAUCAGUACUGUGGUCCUGGUACAAAAUUGAAAAAACGACUAGCGAGAGGUGAUACAGGUAUCAACGAGUUGGACAAAGCCUGUAAACGACACGACAUUGCCUACGAGGAAAAUAAAUCGCUGCAGGAUAGACACAAGGCAGACUUUGUUUUGGAAAACGAGGCGUGGAACCGAGUAAAAGCCAAGAACGCUAAUUUGGGUGAAAAAGCAGCCGCGUGGCUUGUAACAACGGGAAUGAAGAUAAAAAGGAAGCUCGGAAUGGGUCAUCGUACACAACACCAAUCAAAAAUUUCAUUCAAGAAAGACAUUGUCGACAAAAUCGAUAAAAAGAUUUUAAAAUCGGUCGACAUAAAACCAGGUAGCAAGUCACUACGAAAAAUCGCUGCAGCGGCAAUAAAAAUAGCCAAAGUCAACACUAAACGAAUUGGGGGUCGAAAAAACGUGAAGAUACCUAGAACAAUUCCGUUUAGUUCGAAACAAGGAGGAAUUCUGCCAUUACUGCCAAUUCUCGCUGGUUUAUCAAGUCUUGGAGCAUUAAUGGGUGGUGCUGCCGGUGUGGCAAAAACAAUAGUCGACGCGAAAAAUGCGAAGAAGAAUCUAGAUGAACAGAAACGACACAAUCAACGCAUGGAGCAAAUAGGAAAAAAGGGUAGUGGAUUGUACUUACGAAAAAACCCAAAAGGGUACGGUUUGUUCUUGGAAAAAAUUCCAAAAAACUACCGAUAAGAGUGCCCGCACGAGCACUCUACGAUCAUGAAAUAAUCAAAUUUGCCAAACAAUUGAAAAUACCCUAUUUUAGAGGUGUUUUUAUGCGUGACGCUCUACCUUUGUAUCCUAAGAAAAACGAAAGUGCCGUCGUGAACCUGGACGAUUCAACAAAUUACGGAACUCACUGGGUUUGUUACGCAAAGAGAGGAAAUCAAGUCAAGUAUUAUGAUAGUUUUGGGGAUUUACGACCACCGUUGGAGAUAAUUCGAUACAUGGGAAAAAAUUGUCAAAUUUAUUACAAUGUACACCCUGAGCAGAAGUUUAAUGAGUCAUCCUGUGGUCGUUACUGCUUGAAAUUUUUAUACAAUAUAAAACAAUGAAUACUUUGUCAUACUAUAAUAAUAAUAAUAAAGAAAAAUCAUUAAU